UGUAUGUAUGUACAUAUGGGACGAUACGGCGAUCGAGACGCCGCGCGGCGCUCAACUGUCGGAACUAUUCGGUUGCGUGAAAGUAAACCAACGCGUGUGACGGCUACGAGGAGAGAGAGAUAUCACGGCACGGAACGGUCGAGCCAGAGGGGCACUCCCAAUUUGCGCCAAGUUUCAGAGGUAAUUAUCUCAAAAAUGUCGAAGAAACCAGGAGCUACUCAAGCGAUGCAUAAGGUCAUAAUGGUUGGAAGUGGAGGUGUUGGAAAAUCUGCUCUGACGUUACAAUUCAUGUAUGACGAGUUUGUUGAAGAUUAUGAACCCACAAAAGCAGACUCCUACAGAAAGAAAGUUGUAUUGGAUGGAGAAGAGGUACAAAUAGAUAUCUUGGACACUGCAGGACAAGAAGAUUAUGCAGCGAUUCGAGACAAUUACUUUCGUAGUGGAGAAGGAUUUCUCUGUGUAUUUUCUAUAACAGAAGAUGAUAGCUUCCAAGCUACACAGGAAUUUAGGGAACAAAUUCUCAGGGUAAAAAAUGAUGAGAACAUUCCAUUUUUAUUAGUGGGGAAUAAAAGUGAUUUACAAGAAAAAAGGAAGGUUAGUCUAGCCGAAGCUCAGGCGAGAUCUCAACAGUGGGGUGUUCCUUAUGUGGAAACAAGCGCUAAAACAAAAGAAAAUGUAGACAAGGUGUUCUUUGAUUUAAUGAGAGCAAUAGCUGCUCGCAAGGCCCAGGAAAACCAAGGAGAUGGGAGUGAACGUAAUAAGGAAACAAAGUGCUGCAUCUUGCUAUAACAAACAUAAAACAAUGUGUAGCUUACGUUAUGGAAGGUUCAACUCCUAUAAUUGAAAGCUAAGCGUAAGAGAAUUGUAUUUAUAUAAAAACGAAAGUUUUCUGAUACUUUACAGUGAAAUGACGCUCUUAAUCUUCACUGUUCACUAUAUUACAUACAGAAUAUAUCUAAACUUAAGAUAUCUAUAUAUAUAUAUACACACACACACAAUUUAUUCUAAAAUAUUUAUAUUAACUGAUAUAUAUAUAUUCCAAGAAU